UGCGGGAGAGGAUGAGGGGGGAAGUGAGGUAUGGGAUUAAGAGGUAGUGGUGGUGGCGGCUGCUUGGCUCUAACUGUUGAUGUCCCUGGUAAUGGCACCGUGUUGCCUCAUCGUUUGUGUAGCAUACCUGCUGUGGUGCGGAAGGGGUAUGUAUGUCGUGGGCUGUGGUCGUUAGACUCGCGACCAUUUUCUGAUGGGGAUGUAGUUUUCACUCGUAUGAGGGCAUUGGGAAGGGUCAAAAACUACAGGAGGCGUGACCUGGCUGUGUCAGGUCUGGUUGACGCUCCGCGUCUCUCUCGGUGCUCAUUUUGUUCCGCUUCAAAUCUCCAUACCCAACCCAUGAAGUCGGUUUCGUUUAGCUGCAUACCCUACCCUUCGUUGGAAAGCCAAUGAAACAGCUUCCUCUUCCCCUUCGACUACACGAUAUUUCAUUUUUUAUUUUUUCUGUUCGCGAGUGCUUACAAUCGAGUAGCCACAGUGCUGGGGUAGACAAUCUCUGGACUCGCCAGCUCUUGUCUGUUCUCGUUUCCAUUCCACGGGACACUUGCUUUCGGCAAGUCAAUUCUGCUCGGGUGUAGGUCCUGGGUUGCGUUGGCGAGACCAUCUACAUGGCCCUUCUGGUGACUCUUUAUGGCGAAAUUCCUGAUUGGCCCUAGCGCUGCUUUCGCCUAUCCGUGCUUCGUGACUUCGCUGCUUCCCUGGAACACUGUAGUGCUGCCGACAGUGGUUCAGCAGGUCGGAGUCGUUGUCUGCAUGUUGUAAUUUCAGAAUAUUUGGAAGGAAGUACACUCUGCCUCCAGUAAUUCAGCUCUUGAUUUCAUCCAACUCGGUACCCAACGUAUUACUUGUGGAGAUGACGAUGUAUUGUAGCUUCGCGCAUGUGGCUAUGAGGUCAAUACUUCAGGAGCUGUAGCGGAGAGUUAAGGCCCUGGAGUUUAUGAAUGUGGACAUGGAUUUGUAUCGGCAAUAAAUCACUCAAGAGAGCUGUCAACUCUGUUCCUGCAAUCCAGAUCAGUAGGGCAAGUUGCCUGCAUCGCACGUUCGAGUCAGUCGCCGAUUUCUGCAUGUAAUGGGCUUUGUCCUGUGCUCAACCAGCAUACAUCUUUAUGCUAGAAUGGGUCCCACAAAACUGGAUCUGAAAUUCACACUCGUCAGCUCUUGCCGAAGUGCUGUCCGAAGCUUUUAUCGUAAGAGCUCCAACGAAUCAGUCCACGAGUAUUGAGGCCAUGCGAGUGUGCGAAUGUGAGGUAGCUUUUGGGUUUGCUGGUCCUCUUGUAUUAGCGAGCUAAUAGGCCCGGCAGGAGAGUGUGGAUUAGGGCCUACAAGAAGGUAUCUCACUCGUGUCGGAGAAAUCAGGGGCAAAGCAGGAUGACUGCAGGAUAGGUGUUGACAAAGUGCCGUACCUUAGGGAAGGAAACAGCUAUUGGCUGCAUUUAGUCCCUUCAAUGUGAGCGUCCCUUUUCAAGGAUUUAUUAUCCGUCGUUCUUAGCAGGGUACAAUGCAGCACUCGGCUUGAAUCAAGGGGGUUGAAAUGAAUACUCAUACUGGAACAACUGCAUUAUCAGGAAUUCUGUUUGUAUCAGCUGAAUGCGAAAGUUCGAAUGGGGCUUGGGUGCUACCACCGAUCGUGACAGUUUAGUGAACGUAGCAUCUACGGCGUCUGGGCAGCUGCUACUGGAGAUGGAUUAAUUUGAAGGCUAUGUUUGAUAGCGGAAUAACAGCAGCGCUUGAAUUGAUCUCAGUAGGCUCUUUUGGUGCUUCAGCUGGUUCGAAGCGUUUUUGCGCAUUCAUAGUUUAUAUCAUAGCUUCUGGGAGAGAAUUGGUGCAACAAAUAUCGUAAAAAUGGCGUCGAGGAUUAUCUCUGCAUAUGGCAAGAGUGGGAGGGCAAGUAAAUUGGAGGGAAGAUUACGAGAGGUGUGAUUUAGUGUUCCACAAGGUGCUCGCUAUCAAACCUUGACGGCAUCGGUGCAAAGGACUUGAGAAUGGCAUAUUGGGCAAGAGCAGGAGGCGGAGUGGUGAAUGUCGGUGGCCAAUUCUGAGUCAGUUCGAAGGCAGGCCAAGGUAGCAGCAUCAAACUAGCCAGAAUGGACAACAUCGUGAAACCAACCGGCAGUGAGGUAUCUGAAGCUGAAGCAGCACCUGCCGUGCACUGUAGUGACGUUGAACUCAAGCCAGUGCAUUCUAUGUUUGAGCUUGGAGAGUCAGAUUUGAAGGUUGAACAUGAAAACGAAACUUUGGUUGCGAGCCCUUCUGUGAGCUCUAAUUCAGUUGCGAGCAAUCUGUUGUCUUCACGUGCAAGGACCGCUGUGUGGAGGAAGAAAAUUGAUCCGGGUAUUGGUGCACCGGUGGAAGUUGGUCAAAAGAUUUUGGAAUUUUCUACCCCAGCGGUGGCCACUCAGAUUGCUACUGCUGUUGCUCCAAGGCAGAGGGUGUUCCAUGAGGAUUCCAGACCAGGAUCCAGCUCUACCCUUCCAGUCACGCUUCCUGUGGCCUAUCGGCCGUUACCUCCUGCCUCAGGACUGAUGGCCUUGAUCCCGAACCUUCUGACUCUAGCACCAGAUAUUCAGUUGCCAUCUCCUGGUCUCUCACCCUUACCAGCGAACCUGUUUCUUUAUUCACCAGGUUUGCCAUUGACCUCAACCGGUCAUCGGCGAAUUCCAGCAGCUCCAUCUAAUUCGACUCUUGUUCCUGGAUGUUCUGUUCCUCAAUCUCUCACAAAUAUAUCCCGAGUUCCGUCGAGGUCCCCUCAAGCGAGUGGGACCGACUUAAAAGCCCGAUCUGGGCAUAUGUGCCAUUCAUCCAGGCAGAGUUGCUCGCAGUACUGCUUACAAGGAUACAAGUUUUGUCUCUGGCACAUUUUAGAGGAUCCUUCUGCGCCAUACAAGCAGUGUGACUUCGUUGAAUAUCCCAGCCGGGAGCGCUGCCGCUUUCCAGUGUCUUUGAAGUCAGAGAACACUAGGUUCUGUCAAAUGCACAAGCAAGUCGAUGGGUUUGGCAUAAAUCCUGUUACAUUAAAGAACCAGCAAUCCAUGGAGCACCCUCCCCUUGGAGAAUUCUCAGUGCUGGUACUGGCAGCUGCAGUUGCACAUCAGAUGGAGAUCGUGGCCCCUCCAAAGCUUUGGACUUCACUUUUCGUUAAUCAGCUGCCAGCGGUUGUACCACCAUCUGACACAGUGUCUGCGAAGGAGGAGCACGGGACACCUUUGUUUCAGAGGUCCACAAGUGGGAAGAAGGCAGCUUCAUUAGUGCAAAGUGAUCCGAAACCUGCCGAAACUGUGCCGCACACCAAUUCCAAACAGGUUUCAAGAAGAACACACGGAGGUUUAAAUUUGAAAGAUGAUGGAAGAGGUACAGGGAGCACAACGGGAUUCAGCACGAAGGUCUGCGUGGAAUGCAACUUAGACAAUGUUAGCUGCAGGGCGACAGGUUGUGGAUAUCAAGAUUUCACCUUGGUAGGUAACGCGCAGUUGAAGAUUGGGUCUAAUUCCACCAAGGUUGCUAACGAGCUGGAGAACUUCCGUGCCCAGUUGGGGGAUCGACUAAGCAGCCACGGCAUCUCACUUCCGUAUACGAUGCCCAGUGGUGAAGGGAAGGCAGGUAUAGAUCAUGGAUUUUGCGGAGGUUGUAGAGGUUUGCGUCGCAGCGGAAGUCCCCACCACGACAAGGUGGUUGGUCCAAUCACUGCAGGGCAAGUUUUUGCUAACGGAGCGCCUACAAACCGGCGAGCACAUGGUGCAUCAAGUGUUUCCUGCUUAGUGGAUAUUGGCCCCAUAGAGCUGAACAAGAUAGGUUUGAUGUGCAGUUCGCAGCACCUUACUGGGUUACUAAAUGGAAAAAGGUCAUACGAACAGCUUAGUAUCCUGCCGGCUAUCGAUUUUGGAGGAUUGGAUAUGGCCACGAUGGGGGUGCGCUGUGGACCUCGAGAACCCCGUGCUAUUCUUGGUCUGGCUAUCAAACGCAAGUCUAAGGUGCAGACCCCAAGAGACAGUUCUUCCAUGGGUCGAGGCCAGGGUCGAAGAGUAUUUUUCUCGCGUUUCGUUGGUGUGAGAAAGCGUCCAUGGGGGGCCUAUGGGGCUGAGAUUCGUACACCAGAAGGAAAGAGAUUGUGGCUGGGUACGUUCACUACGGAGGAAGCCGCCGCUCGGGCAUAUGAUGAUGCAGCGAGAAUUUUCCGGGGGAAGAGUGCAGUGACAAACUUCGUGCAAGGUUCUGAAUUUGACUUUGGGAUGAAUUCUCCGUUUGCCGUGGGCUCGUCCUCAACAUCAAAUGAAGAGGAUACGGUGAGCGAUUGUCCUGGAGUGAAAAAGCGUUCAGCAUUGAAUACGAAGAAGGAAAAGGAUUCAGAAUUGGUGCAACUUGGGAUUGUCCAGUCGAACCCAACCAACAGAGACCGCAUUGGGACUAGGAACCAGAGUGAUUCAUUUGGAAGUCCCAUUGAGACGAUAAACUUGUUGGGUGGUUUAGAAACAAAUUUUAAAGAGAGCGUGAAAUCACUGGGUGCUACCUCAGAGGGCGCUAAUCGGUCACGCAUCGGGAAUUUAAAAGUCCCAGGUGGUCUGCUAAAAGACCGUUCCGGUCGCAAGAUUUCGCAGAAAGGAACAGGUCAGGUAGCCAGCUCUAAGAAGGAUGGGAAGUUUGAUCUACCGAGCUGGUCAGAGAAACGACUAGAUGAAGACACUUCAGGACCAGAUCGACUGCUACUGUUGAGCAAUUUCGCAAUUAGUCAGGAAGGGAUGGAGAUGGAGGAAGGGCUUGAUUUUAGCAAGAAUCAAUCGAAGGAGCAUAGAGCAUGCACAGCGUCAACUGUUGCCACAGGAGAUUCCCGCGACUCGGAUGAAGAGUCCGAUGGUGCAUCAGAUGUGGAGCCGGGACUGGAUGUAGAUUCCGGGUUGCAAGUGAAAAUGGGAGAGGCUAUGGGAGAGAAAGGAAAGUAUGCGGAGCUAUCUAUUUCCGCAGAGCUGAGCGAGGAGGAGAAGCAGCAGCUGUUGGAUCUUGGGGAAGGUGAUCCGGAGUUUAGGUUAACAGGCGUGCGCAAGUCCCAGUCAGGAAGAUUUGAAGCCACGAUCUAUGACCGCACGACGAGGAAGAAAGUGUAUGUAGGAACGUACAGUUCCAUUCUGGAGGCUGCCCGUGCACGCGAUUUGAAAGUUUUAGAAUUGGGGUCCAUCUCUACUCUCAACUUCCCCGACAUGAGAGCUAUACAGGAAAGUAGGAAUUCGAAGGCUAGUGGAGAAUGUAGUAAGAAGAAGCCGAAGGCUCAAGAUAUUGCACAGUCGUUUAAAAAGAUACGACUGGCUUCGCACAACAAGUCGGAUACGGAUAUAAAUAAAGUAUUGAAGCGGAAGGUCUCAGAUAGUGAGAAGGAAUCUGGGUCCAGUAUAGUGAAAUCUUUGAAAUGCAAACUAACGAAGCCAAGCUUGGAGUCUGCAAAUUGUAAGCCUUACAAUGGGAGUAAAUCGAUGGAGACAGAUUGCAAAGAUGCGGUCAAAGCUCCAAACAAGAAGUCUUGUAUAGCGAAAGCACCAAGAAGUAGCAUGAGUUCAGGCCAUGAGAAGUUAGGGAAUGAGGUUACCGAAACUGCGUCUCACAAGGUGAAGCGGAAGUCCGAAGAGUUUCGAAAAACGGAAGUAGAGUCAGAGAAAGAGCGUCUGAAACCUAAGAAGCAGAAAGUAGAAGAAGUGGAAGAGAUAAGUGCCUCGGCGAAGAGGCGACGUAUCCCUAGCGAAAAGGUCAAGGCGAAUAUUGGAGCAUCUGAUGCGGCAGCUCCUGCUGCGAAAGAGGCUGCGAAGAACAACGACACCGUCAAACAGGAAUUCUGUGUUGUUGGUCAAGGUAGUCGAUCAACUCAGCGAGCUCUACGAAAGAGCAACAUGUAUAGAACCUUUGCGGAUAGCUUUGUGGAAUCUGACUACGCACGAGUGUACAAGACAACCUCGAAGCGAAGGGCCAUGUUAGAUAAGGAAGGGAGGAAGUUAGACAGCUUGUCUACAAAUCCAAGCUCGGAGAAAAGUCCAGCUUCUUCACCGAAAGAAACAACUAUUCCGUCGAAGUCACGGAGGGUGAAGAAACCCCAAGAAGAGGAGGAUGAAGGAAAGGAUAAAGCUUUCGAGGAGAGAAGUGGUCAAGUGAGCAAGAAGCCCUCACCUUCGAAGUCAAAACGUGCUCCUGUAGCUGAUGAAGAGGAGCAGCCGGUUUCACGGUCUCAAUCAGCGGACAAAAGCUCAGCGAAAAGUUCUGGGAAACGAAGGUCUCAGCGGAAUUUUAUGGGAGUGCAAGCGACCCCAAGCGGCCGAUUUAAGGCGAAGAUUUAUGUUCCCAAAACAAAGAAGCACAUAUAUAUCGGCAUAUUUGACACACCAGAAGAGGCAGCUCACGCUUACGAUGAAGUUGCGUACCGGAAGCGUGGUGCGACAGCCCCUCUGAACUUCCCAGAAGCAUUUCACGCAAAAAUCAAAGCCAAACAGCCGAUCAAGAAAGUGCUUAUCCAACUCACAGAUGCUGGAGACUUUGAAGCGAUGUGCUAUGAUCCCAAGGCGAAGGAUUACCACUCUGUGGGCGUGUUCAGUUCAGUAGAUGGUGCCCGUCGAGCGGGUGCUCGUGAAGCAGCUACAUUGGAUUGCAGCAACUCUGAGGCGUCUGAUAAGGAUAACGAGGAUGGCGACGGCGACGGCGAGUCAUGGAGUGGGAAGAACGACAGUGUGUCGGAUAGCAAGCCCAUGAAAGAGAAGCGCUGUAAGCCUUCGUAUUCUGAAAACGCGGGUUUACCUGUUACUAGGGAUGUUGAAGGGGAAUCGGACGAGGAUGACGUGGUUGUGGUGGAACAGUCUCAGAAAGAGUCGGUGAGAUCCAUGCGGUCAAAGAAAGGAACUUUUGCACGGGCAGCUACCAACAAGAAGCCUAGUCGGCGAGGAAAUAUGACACGGCGGGCGGACUUCAGAGGCGUGUAUUGUAAUGGUCACAAGUUUCAGUCGAUAUACUAUAAUCCUGCAACCAAGAAGCACACUUAUCUGGGCACCUUUUUAACUGCAGAGGAGGCUGCUCGUGCUCACGAUCAGGUUGCCUUUGCACAGUUUGGGUUGGAAGCGAAGUUGAAUUUACCUGAAGAAAUUGAGACAUUGAGAAGAACUGUAAAGGUGGUAGGUAGAAACGCCGUACUGAUAAACAACAGCAAGUCGAAAGAGCCAGAGGAGGAUGGUGAAGAGGAAAAGGAAGAUGGAGCAGAUUCACGUUCUUCCAGUCCAGUUGCUGACCUAAAUGAUAUGGAAAAUACAGAAGUUCCAAUAGAUAUUACUAGAGCUGAUGUACUGGAGGAUGAAGAUGAUGAGUUAAGUUCACCUUUAAGUCAGGCUCCUUCAAUUCCUAGUGGUGCGAAGCCAAGCAAGUUAGUCUCGACCAAGUCCAACUCGUUCAAGGGCAACUUUUUGGAUAUUGUUUUGAAGGAAAACAAUGAUGAGGAUCUGUGUAAUGCUACUAUCGCUGAUCGUACUGGAGACGCCAAGUCGUCUGAGAAGCCCAGUGCAGGGAUGAAGCCGAAUGCUGGUGUUUGUGGUCCAGCUGCAGAAGAUUCGAAUGUUUUGGGACAGCAGGGCAACCGGGAAAAGGAAGGUGGGGACGACUUGCGAUUAGGAGCCGACGCGGAAGAGAAGACGGGAAGACGAGUUUCCCGUCGCAAGAUGUAUCGUGCAAGUCGUAUUGGGAUCCCAGGUAGUGCUCUUGGUGAAAUUGUGAGGUUUCCUUCGGAGAAAGAUAAAGCCAAUGAAUUACAGGAAGAAAAAGAUGGGUGGUUAGGGGAGCAUCAUUUGCCUGAAGGUCAGAGAUGGGCCUCAGUAGAGGAAAAGAAGAAAGUACAAGAUGGUUCAAGUCAGCAGUUGCAACUAAGAGCUAGUGGGGAUACUUCUUUGAAAACCUCUGAUGUCGAAGGUAGUGCCGAAUCAGUGCCUCAGAAGAAUAAGAAUGAGGAAAGGGAAGCAGGACCAGUCAUGCCUUUGUUUGAUGUCUUGGCUGGAGAAUUUUUGAAAGCGAGUAUUGUGUUGGAAACGGCUGAAGCUGAUGAAGGUAAAUGUCAGUUUGAAAAGGAAGGCGAAAAAUCCAUGCCUCGUGGAAGUGAGGCAUACGCAACUUGUGAUAAGGUUAUGAAAGACGGCUUCCUUAAGAAUGAGCCAGUGAAAGUUCCCAAGGACGAGACUGACAUUACGGAGUCUUUGGUAGAGGACCAGUCAUCGGUGACUUCGUCUGAUAAUGUGGGCGUUGCUUCUGUUGAUGGGUAAUAGGCGAUUGGAUGGGUCCACAAGAUAAAACCCAUAUUUGAUGGAUCAGAAGCGGAGGUCUAUAUGAUUGUACAGAGACUUGCGGCAGUUUGUGCGCUGUGAUGCGACUUACAAAUUCCCUUUCAGCAAGAGGUUAAAUUGUAAAGAUUCGUUUCAGUUAGGCUAUGAGGUUAAUUUUAGGUAGUUGUAUACGAAAGAAAGUUUUGAAGGAAUGUUACACAUCUCCCGCUUUACCCGCUC